AUGCAUGAUACUGAACCUGUAUUUGAUAACUGUCCUGAUAAAACCAUCACGGUUUACGCAGAUCCAGGUUUAACAUCAGCAGAAGUCACGUAUCCACCGCUAACUGCUACAGAUAAUUCAGGAACGGUAACUCUAACACUAGUGAAAGGCUUACCUUCUGGGUCACGUUUUGAAGAAGGCGCGCAUGUCAUUGAAUUUCAAGCUAUAGAUGAUGAUAGAAAUAGAGCUUAUUGUUUCUUUUCUGUAUCAGUUCAAGUCUUAACGUGCGAGAUUCCUGACUACAAUGAUGAUAAUAUGGAAAUCACGUGUCCUACCGGUUAUACAUUGGGAUCACAAUGUUCCAUCGGUUGUAGAUCUGGGUUACCUUCAGUCGGACCAAACAACAUAACAUGUGAAAAAGAUGAUUCUGAUCCACCUAAAACAUCGUGGGAUUUUAGCCUUGAUAGUCAGCCAUUUUGUAGAGCUUUACCGUGUAGAAAUUUAACUGCUCCAUUGAAUGGUGCAUUAGCCUGUGAUGGUUGGGAUUCUGGUACAUUUUGUAAUAUGAUGUGUAAUUCAAAUUUCGAUAUACCAAGAACUAUGAGCGCAAAUAACCGUUUUAUUUGCGGAUGGCAGACAGGAAAGUGGUCUCCCACAGAUAACGUUCCUGACUGUACAGAAGCCAGACGACCCAGGAGAAUGGUUCUUCCUUCUGAGUUUUAUUAUUUUGAUGGAGACUGUACAACAAGCACUGAUGUUAUUAAGAACAAUUUUAUUCAAGCUCUACAAAACUCACCUAUAUGGACACAAGCUUGUCCUGUUCCAGAGGAUUGCACAGUAGAAAAUGUAGUUGUUACAUGCGGUCCUACAUCUGGCCGAAAGAAAAGGAAUGUAGAAAAUCAUAGGUAUAAGAGAGAGGCCAAUCAGUUAUUGCUAACUUUCAAAAUUUCUAUACCAUUUUCUGUUGAUGGGACAUCUAAAGAAAAUGCCAGGAAUGUUAGUGUAGCAAAACUUAACAGUAUUGCCGAUGGUAUUAAACGUGAUGUUGUAAAUGGCGUUUUUAGUAGUGUUGCACCGGGGUUCACAAUAAGAAAUGAUUCUGUGAAUUUUGAUUGGGAAGAUUUUGAAUGUCCAGAAGGACAGAUUUCCAACUACGCAUCAGUUUCAUGUCGUACAUUCAAAGAUCGUAUACAGGACAAAAAUGUAAGGGUUCCCCUAAUCAACAGCCCGACGAUU